AUGUGUUGGGACUUGGAGGCAUCACCCAUUCCACCAAGCCUGUCAGAACACAAGCAAAAGAAUCUUCUUGAAAACUUCCCAGAAGGACAGCCAAUCCCUUCCACAACCUCAAUGCCAGUGAUUAGUGUAACAUACUUUGAAAAGACUGGUGUUCACCUGAGCCCACACCGUUUCAAAGAUGUUGAAUUGGUGCUACAGCUCUGGGGCAUUAACAGAUUCUUGUUCAAAUGGGAGGCUAAUUUAGAAGAUUGUGUCAAUGUUUUGGCCAAGGGUGGUUUCUGGAACUCCUUUCAUAAUGCAAUAAAAAAUUGCUAUUACAACUUCUCUGUUCACAAACAUAUUCUGAAACUCAACAUAAUCAUGCCAGUCUUAUUGGCUCAGUUUAAAUGUUUAUCUUUGAUGUGUUGGGAGGAAAUUGGCAACAUCAAAAUCCUAGACCAUCAUUACAUAUUGGCCAAUAAGAAACAGGUGUUGUGUUUUGUUUCAUUUUGGUUGCCUUUCAAGUUGCUGAAAAACACAAAAGCACAGGUCUGUAAAGAAUACAGACAGUACUUGGUCAAAUGUGGUGCUGCAAGAGGGUUGGUGUAUAUUUUCCAGCCACAAAAUUACGCCAUCAUGGGCAAAAUUGCAGAACUCAAAUCAAUCACUAGUAUCUCUGAUGUUAGCAAGGUACACUAUUUCAUACCUUCAUGGUGGUCAGAGGAAAUUAUUUGCUUCUUCAAGGCUAUUGAAGCACAUGUUCACUUCUAUGCUCAGUCUUGCAAUGUUGAUCCUCACAAAAUCCAAGCUCGCUGUGUGUACAUCACAAGGUCUUCAAAGCAAUACAAUUUCAUACCUUGUCAUCUGCCUGCCAACCUCUACACCAAGGAACUCAAAAACUCUCUACCCAUUGGUGAUUUAUGGGCACUCAAGAUGAGACUCUUGAUUUUGGAAUCCAUCCUUCCAAGUGACACAACUGAGCUUGUGGACCAUUCUUUGGACAGAAUUGCUGAUGAGCAUUACUCAAGCGACAACAAGAUUUGCAACAUUGACACCAAUGUAAUCUCUGAAACCCCAUCUCCUAACACCAACCUGGGAGAGCUGGGAGCUUGUGUCAACACUCAAAUCUCUACUUCGAGGUUUUACUUGGAGAACUCAGUCACCACGUUCUCAAAUUACCAGACAAAAUUGAAUGGCAUAGUCCCCUUGCGCUUGGAAGAAUUGAAUAAAGCAAAGGCUGACAUUGCAAACCUCAAUAGGAAAUUCAAAGCUAUGGAAGCCAAGUUAGGAAAGACAGAAACUGAAAAGUUAAAUAUUGAUGCAGCUCAAACUGUGAUUGACAACUAA